AGCAGUGAGUGGUUUUGCUUCAGCAGUCUGCCAGAGAGGACACUUUAGAGAGAACCGAGCUGGAACAGACCUGGAUCCCGGCUGAGCAGAGAGCAACUCGCGACCGCUGGGUCCCAGAUCAGCCUGGAUGAGGAGAGGGAGGAGGGAAGACCCAUGCAUAUGCCAAGCACGUGUUGGACCUGUUCCUCUUCUGAUUGAAGGAGGGGAGUUUUGGUUUUUGAGCCGCAGCUGACCAAAAACAUUUUGUUAUUGCAGCUCCGAUUUUUUUAUUUUUUAUUUUUUAGAUUUUGUUUUACAUCAUUUUAUUAUUUGGUCAUGUAAAAUGUGCCAAUUUUUCAGUGGAAGCUCAGCACAUGGACUGUAGGGGCUAGGGUAGUAUAGAUGCUGGGCCAAGGCCAGUCUUUCCUACAUGCUCCCCGCUGUCCCCCUGCACAUCACAUGAAGCCAGACAAGAAACUGCCGCGGUGUGUAAGCCAAGACAUCCCCAGGGACAUCAACAACAAUGAGUCGAAAUGGCACAUCCAGGACCCGGCCAGCCAGAGACUCACAUGGAACAAGCCUCCCAAAAGUGUCCUUGUCAUCAAGAAGAUCCGCGACGCAGGUCUUCUCCAGCCAUUCAAGGAGCUGUGUACCUUCCUCACCGAGGUGAAGAGCAUGAUUGUUUACGUGGAGAGAAAAGUUCUAGAGGACCCCGCCAUCGCAGGCGAUGACGCCUUCCGGACCACCAUGAACAAAUUCUGCACAUUCCGCGACGAUCUGGACGAUAUCUCCAACUACGUGGACUUCAUCAUCUGUCUCGGUGGCGAUGGAACCUUGCUGUACGCCUCCUCACUUUUCCAGGAGAGUGUUCCCCCAGUUAUGGCCUUCCACCUGGGCUCUCUUGGCUUCCUCACCCCCUUCAACUUCGACACAUACCAGUCUCAGCUCAACCAAGUCAUCGAGGGGAACGUGUCUAUCGUGCUGCGCAGUCGGCUGCGUGUGCGCGUGCAGAAGGACAGCCGGGAGAAGAGGGCGAAGGUGGAGGAGAACGGAGUCAUCCUCACCAACGGGGAUGGAGAAGGCAUGCACAAGGCCGCACAGUACCAGGUCCUGAACGAGGUGGUGGUGGACCGGGGGCCCUCCUCCUACCUCUCCAACGUGGACCUCUUCCUGGACGGACACCUCAUCACCACCGUUCAGGGGGACGGCGUGAUCGUCUCCACGCCGACGGGCAGCACGGCAUACGCGGUGGCGGCGGGCGCCUCCAUGAUCCACCCCAACGUCCCGGCCAUCAUGAUCACCCCCAUCUGCCCGCACUCGCUCUCCUUCAGGCCCAUCGUGGUGCCGGCCGGCGUGGAGCUCAAGGUCAUGCUGUCCAGCGAGGCGCGGAACACUGCCUGGGUGUCCUUCGACGGCCGUAAGAGACAGGAGAUCUGCCACGGGGACAGUAUCACCAUCACCACUUCCUGCUUCCCGGUUCCCUCCAUCUGCUUCCGGGACCCGGUCACGGACUGGUUCGAGAGCCUGGCUCAAUGUUUACACUGGAACGUGAGGAAGAAGCAGCACCACCUCACCUCUGAGGAAGAGGAGUUCUGAGGGCUUCUGUUUGGCCCGUUGUCCCCCCCCCCCCUGCCAGCUCUGUCGGCCAAUCAAACAUGAUAUCCAGUCAGUGGGUCCUGGGGUCGAAGCCAGCUACAUGGUUAUUCAUUGAUGACAUGAAUUUGAUUUGAAUUAUUAUUAUUUGUAAUUAAUAAUAUGAAUAGUUUAUUCAUAACAAUAUUCAAUAUUCUAGUUAUAGUAACGAUAGAUUUUUAUUAUCAGCCAUAAUAAUUAAUAAUACUAACAAUUGUAUUAUUAAUAAUCAUGGUUCUGAUUUUAUUAUUAUAAUUAUAUAUUUUUUAUAAUGACACCUUCAAAGUUCAGAAAGGGGGAGCCUGCGGGGUGUUGUUAUCCUACUGUCUGUGCUGGGCUACCGAGGUCUACCCCGAGGGGUAGCGUUCCAAUCAGUUCCCCUGAGCUCAGAUCGUGAGGUGGGAGGCAAAACCUGGCAGGGUCGUUCCCCUUCCGGACCUGGAGCGUGGACAGCGCUGUACACACGGGGCCGUUUGAUUCGAUGGUCUGUGCGGGCCAUCGUAGGCGAGCGUUGUGAUCCGGUGUCGGAACACUUUCUACACUUUACGGGAAGAUCACUGGCUGUCAGGGAAGGCUCAACAAUGACCACAUAUCCUACGUGUUCAAAUUAAUGGAGCUACGUUUUUAAUCUGCUUGAUAUGAAGUCUAAUUUUAUACAUAUAUUUAAAGGGUUACACACCUGGAAGCGUUGGCGUGUUCGCGUCGCUCUAAAGGCUGAAACGUCAGUUACAAAUGGCGGAUAAAGUUAAUCGAAAGUGUAUAAAGAAAACCAUAAGGGGGGAAAAGUCUUUGGCUUCGCUGAAAACUCAAAUGGCGUCUUGUGUGAAGUUGCUAUUUAAAAAGUUGCAGAACCAAAACGUUUCCUAUAAUGUUAAACAAGACUGUUGCUCUUCAUUUAAUAAGAAAAAAGCAGAAUUUUUCGUCAAAAGAUUGAUACCUUUUUUCUUUUUUUUCACUCAGAUCUUAAUGUAAAGCAGGAGAAAACCAAUGCAAUAGCAUUUCUAAUGUAUAGACUGUGCCUUCACCACUGGUACGUUGUAUUGAAAACUAAUGUCAUUUUUCUAAGGUUUACAAGAUCUUAAUUAUUCUUCUAAACGUGUUCUCACAGUUGUGCAGAUCUACCGUAGCCUUGUACUUGGAGUAUUUUUCUACGCUGUCGCUCUGCGCUGUCAGCACCUGGAAGCAGACAGUAAGUUCCAUUACUCUUGACUCUUCUCGCGAUACUACAAAUGUAUUCAGCAGUUGUUUUACAAACCUCUCUCCUAACCCUCGCGUGACCUUUUGUGUUGUGCUUAUCCAGAACCGAAACAUCCAUUCCAUUCAGACCAAAAAAAACCUCAGGUCAAACCCCAGCCGGUCUUGUGCGUGUUCUUUGUCGUGGACGUGGUGGUAGUCGCGUCGUAAGCCAUAGGGGGACAUGCACACGUCUAACGGGGGUCUUGACACAAGGUGGGACCCUGUACUGGUGGAGGUUGGGUUUUUAGUCGGCGAUUGUUAGCGUGGGUGGUGGUGUGCUCAAAGUCUGAGUUGUGUGUGUGUGUGUGUGCGUGUGUUUUGAAUACGUAUAGCGUGUCUGAUGUAUAAUGUGGAAGGUCUGUCAUUUAUUCAGUCGGGAUACUUAUUGACCAGCCCGUGGACCAGUGUUCCCGUUGAUCACUAGCUCGUAUCACUGUAUGUUUUUCAAGAAGACCCAGAGAGAUCAUUCCUCUUAAUUUCCUGUAAGUGUUGAGUGUGCCAUGUAUCGUGUUCAGUCUCCUCAAUCUACUAAAGGCUCAGUUAUGGUCCUGCGUCGACACAACGCAAGGGGCUUUACGGACCCCUUACGUCCUUGCUGACCCUCCUUGUGUCCACCGCAAGCGACGUGCGCCUCCAAAAAAUUGUAACCUUGCAUCGAGGCGACGCAGCCCCAGCAAGGGCUGUGAUUGGUCCGCUCGCUAAAACCCGACACAGAACCAAAACAGGUUCACGACUGCGUCAAAGCGUCGGCGUGGUCCUUGCGUUGCGUCGACGUGGAACCAUAACUGAUCCUUGACCCGUUAAAGAGGCAUCCCCGACGUUGGUACUCCCUCCAUGUUUAGAUUUAAUCAUCAGAUUAUUGAAGUAAGUCCCAGUGGUUUUGAGAAACCUAAAUCUUAAUAUAUCUAUAUAAAUUCUUUUUUUUUUUACUACACGUUUACUUUUGAAGUCCGUGGCCCAAGGGUUAAACCAAGAGCCUUACUGAAAUGGCUGACCACUGAAGAAUCAUUCACAAGAAACAAAGGAGUUGUACAAUGAAACGCUACCGCCAGUGUCCCUUCAGACCUAACCUUGUGAAUGAGGGGCCCUUCUCGUCUCACCCUUGUCAACGGAUCCUUCUUGGGUUUUGUCCGUCAGGAACUACGAAUUUCUUCAUUGUUUUUUACAUUACGCCAAGUAGUCGAGUCUUUGCGAAAAGUGCUUUUCACUUUCAAAACCUGUUUUUCUCAGCCCUCACUUUUGUAAUGGUACAUUUGUAAAUAAUUCUGUAUGAAUUCUGCUAUUUUUUUCUCGCCCAGAGCACUUUAAUAAACAACAAAUCUUUAACAUGGAAA